AUGACCGGCGUGCCGAGCAGCGGCACCGACAGGCGGACACACCGGGGAGUGAACGCGCCGCGCGGGCAGGACAACGGGACACACACCGCUCAUCCUCCACUGUAGAUCUGAACCAGCAGGUUUUGUUGUGGCAGGUUCCUGCUCUGCGUUGUCACACUACAUCGUCCACAGUCUGUGAUAUUUGCCGAACACCCCCACCCCCCCUCUGAUGAUGAUGAUGAUGAUGGUGCAUGAGGGCUCGGACCCAGAGGAGUAACCAGGACUGCAGACCAGCUCCAGGAGAGAAGAAGAGAGGAAACCUCACUAGGAGAUGGACUGCAGGUGGGAAUAACCUGUGAAUAUCCUGGCUUUUUGAACAUGUUGCUUUGAGAGGAGCAGCCCAACCUCUUCCACUCCCUCUCUUGUGGACACAUAUCGUACGCAGAGACGGCCCGAUUCAAGCACAACCAUGCUGAUCAAGGAGUAUCGCAUCCCCAUGCCUAUGAGCGUGGAGGAGUACCGCAUCGCUCAGCUCUACAUGAUCCAGAAAAAGAGCAGAGAGGAGAGCUGUGGCGAGGGCAGCGGGGUGGAAAUCCUAGAGAACAAGCCUUACGAGGACGGGCCCGGAGGUUCGGGUCAGUACACACACAAGGUCUAUCACAUCGGCAAACACAUCCCAUCCUGGUUCUGUGCCAUCCUGCCUCAGGCUGCCCUUCGAGUGGAGGAGGAGUCCUGGAACGCCUACCCCUAUACACGAACCCGGUAUACAUGCCCCUUUGUUGAGAAAUUCUCCAUAGAUAUUGAGACAUAUUAUAAACCAGAUACUGGAACUCAAGUGGAUGUCUUCAGUCUAUCAUCUGCUGAAAAAAGACAGAGGACUGUAGACCCCAUAGACAUCGUAAAGGACUACAUUCCUCCUCAUGAAUACCUGGUAGAGGAGGACCCUAAGCUGUAUCAGUCAGUCAAGACCAAACGGGGUCCACUGUCAGAGGACUGGAUUGAGGAGAUCAACCUGAACCCUGGACAAGACCCUGUCAUGUGUGCCUACAAACUCUGCAAAGUGGAGUUCAGAUACUGGGGCAUGCAGUCCAAGAUUGAACGCUUCAUACAUGAUGUGGGCCUGCGUAAGGUGAUGGUCCGAGCCCACCGGCAGGCAUGGUGCUGGCAGGAUGAGUGGUACGGCCUGACCAUAGAGGACAUCAGGCAGCUGGAGUUGGAGACCCAGCUGGCUUUAGCCAAGAAGAUGGCCCAGUACAGCCUCAGUGAGGAGGGGGGAGCAGAGACCAAUGGCUCCUCUGUGAGCCAGGACCAGGAGCAGGGAUCUGAGACGCCAGGAUCUGCUGAAGCAGGAUCUGAAGGAGCAGGAACGACACUGGGAGAUUCACUGGAGACACGAGGGGAACUCACCAAACAAUGGUCCACGUCCUCCAGAUCCUCCAACAGGUCGUCCAAGAGAGGAGGGAGUCCGUCACACCAGAGUAUUUCAGAAUGGAGGAUGCAGAGUAUUGCCCGGGACUCAGAGGACAGCACAGAUGACGAGUUCUUCGACGCACAUGAAGACUUUUCCGACAACGAGGAGAUCUUUGCCAAAGAGAUCACCAAAUGGAGCUCCAACGAUCUUAUGGAUAAAAUAGAAACAAUAGAAGUGGAUGAAGCACAAGAAACCUUAUAUCAGGAGUCAGGCGGGGAUUACACUGUGAUGAGUAAUGAGGAAACGCAGAUGGAGCGCCAUAAGUCGAAAAGACAUCGAUCCAAGAGAUUGUCCAGAAAACGAAAUGACUGUUCGUCUCAGCAGUGUCUUCAACCCUCCAAGAUUCAUGUUCUCAUUUUGGUCCUUCAUGGAGGAAACAUCCUGGAUACUGGCUCUGGUGAGCAGAACAGUAAACAGGGAGAUGUGAACACACUCAGCGGGGCGUUUGACACAGUGAUGAGAGUCCAUUACCCCGCAGCCCUGGGCCGCAUCGCCAUCCGGAUGGUCCCGUGUCCAGCUGUGUGUGUGGACGCAUUCUCACUGGUCUCCAACCUGAGUCCCUAUAGCUACGACGAGUCCUGCCUGUCCAGCAGCCAGGACCACAUCCCGCUGGCUGCUCUGCCUCUUUUGGCCACGUCUGCGCCGCAGUACCAGGACGCCGUGGCCACCGUCAUCCUACGAGCCAAUCAGGUGUAUAGUGACUUCAUCAAGUCUUUAGAAGGAGCGUCUUUUACUGGCCAGGUGUGUGUUAUCGGUGACUGUGUUGGGGGCAUCCUGGGCUUCGAUGCUCUGUGCAGCAGCUCUGUCACUGUGUCCGAAAGUCAGAACAGCAGCCGACGAGGGAGCACCAUCAGCGUUCAGGACACAGACCUCCUAUCUCCCGGUAUCAUCAUCAACAGUGGCUCUCCUUCCUCUCCGUCCCUCGAGGGAAGCCGCCAUCUCAGCCGUAGCAACAUUGACAUCCCUCGCUGCUCUGGGCCCGACGAUCCGAAGAAACAGCUCCCACGCAAGCGCAGCGACUCGUCCACAUAUGAGUUGGACACCAUCAAACAUCACCACGCCUUUCUGUCCAGCCUUCACUCCAGCGUUCUCCAUGCGGAGCCGGGGUCGCGGCGCUCCAGCAACAGCACCAUGUUAGAGGGAGGCUCUUUGGGAAAAUUUGACUUUGAGGUGACUGACUUCUUCGUGUUCGGCUCUCCUCUGGGGCUGGUACUCGCUCUGCGGAAGACUGUGGUGCCCUCAUUAGAUGUGUCUGCUCUGCGUCCAGCCUGUCAGCAGGUGUAUAACCUGUUCCAUCCAGCCGACCCGUCUGCCUCACGCCUCGAGCCUCUCCUCGAUAAGAGGUUCCACUUGCUGCCUCCCUUUAGCGUCCCCCGCUAUCAGCGCUUUCCUCUGGGUGACGGCCACUCAGCUCUGUUGGUUGAGACUGUACAAAGUAACCCUCAUCUUCUGAUGGAGUCUGGAGGUGCAGUUUCUCAUCGCUUCCAGGACGGCUUCAUCAGUGAAACCUCAAUCCCUGUGCCUGUUCUCAACUGGCAGGUCUCACAGCCGCCCACAGACACGGAUUCUCUUCACUCCCACGUAUAUGUUGAUGGUCAGUACCCGCCAUCCACGUCACCAGGGGUCCCUCAUCUCCGCUGUAACCGCAGAGCCAGUGAAGCCAGCAUUGCCAGCCAGGUGUCAGGCUUAGCUGACUCAUACACUGCAUCCAACAUCGCCACCACAUGCACACGUGAAGCCUCGCAGGCUAAAAGGCCCAGUCUGCUGUCCCAACUGGCUCUUCCCUACAAUAGAUUAACUUGUCGGAGCCCGUCCCCGCGCUCACUCAAGAAAAUCCGUCAGGUGUUCCCGAAACCCAACGGUGUGGAGUCUGAGCAGAGCUCGGAGAUUAGCUCUGACAUGACCUCUGACCUCACCGAUGUGACCUCUGACCUGACAGACAUCAGCUCUGCCCCCCCAUCACCAGGUGUACUGAAGAACAUAGAGCAAGUUGCUUCUCGGUGGUGGGGCAGUAAGAGGAUGGACUACGCACUGUACUGCCCAGAUGCACUGACAGCGUUUCCCACAGUGGCUCUGCCUCAUCUCUUCCAUGCCUCCUACUGGGAGUCCACAGAUGUUGUGUCUUUCCUUCUCAGACAGGUGAUGAGACAUGAGAACUCCAGUAUUUUGGAGCUGGACGGAAAAGAGGUUUCUGAGUUUACGCCAUCGAAACCCCGUGAGAAGUGGCUCCGAAAGAGGACUCAUGUUAAAAUUAGGAAUGUGACGGCCAACCACCGAGUGAACGAUGCUGUGUUCACGGAGGACGGGACCCAGAUGGUGACCGGACGCUUCAUGUAUGGCCCUCUGGACAUGGUCACCCUUACUGGAGAGAAGAUUGAUAUCCACAUCAUGACCCAGCCUCCGUCCGGCGAGUGGAUGUACUUUGACACAGAGCUCACCAACAGCAGUGGGCGAAUCUCUUAUGUCAUCCCUGAAGCCAAACGCCUUGGUAUUGGGGUGUACCCGGUUAAAAUGGUGGUCAGAGGUGACCAUACAUUUGCAGACAGCUACCUAACCAUCAUCCCAAGGGGAACAGAGUUUGUCGUUUUCAGUAUUGAUGGUUCUUUUGCUGCCAGUGUUUCUAUAAUGGGCAGUGAUCCAAAGGUUCGAGCUGGAGCUGUCGAUGUGGUGAGGUACUGGCAGGACUUGGGCUAUCUGAUCGUAUAUGUAACCGGUCGUCCUGACAUGCAGAAGCAGCGUGUGGUAGCCUGGCUCUCUCAGCAUAACUUCCCUCAUGGCAUCGUUUCCUUCUGUGAUGGACUCGUUCAUGAUCCACUCAGACACAAAGCCAAUUUUCUCAAAUCCCUCAUCAAUGAGGCCCAUAUGAGGAUCUUUGCAGCCUAUGGAUCCACCAAGGACAUCUCUGUGUAUACGUCCGUUGGCCUGCCUCCAUCUCAUAUCUACAUAGUAGGAAGACCCACCAAGAAAAUGCAGCAUCAGUGUCAGUUCAUCCCUGAUGGAUAUGCUUCACACCUGUCCCAGCUGGAGUACAGCCAGAGGUCUCGGCCGGCCAAGUCCGCCAGUACCCGCAUGGUUCUCCGCAAGGGCAGCUUCGGCUUGAAUGCAGCCGGGGGAGACUUCCUUCGCAAACGCAAUCACAUAUUCCGCACCAUUUCUUCCAAGCAGCCUGGAGGGGCGGGCUCCAGCUCCCCGAGCCAACCGGGCCGGACUGAGCGCACGCUGAGCCAGUGCGAAAUGGAGCGGGAGCGAGGGGUCGCCGUGGCAACCCAGAGGAGUAUGAGCAUAGCGGCGGGGUGCUGGGGCCGCAGCGGGAGCACCAAGGAGGGCAGCGGAGGGUUACUGGGCCCCAAGUAAGUCUCAGAUAGAGCUGAAGUGAAGGGCCCACCAUGAUCUCUGGACCAAAACUGGGAUCAAAGUAGAGACUGAAGGUAGAGAUGGAGGGAAAGUGAGUAAAGGGUCCAGAGGGAGUGGACUAAUCAGGGGGAUCCAGAGAACAAAAGACAAGUCUGUAGCAUGACUCUUUUAGAGUAAUACUUUUAUAGAACACACCACUAUUUAAACAUGACAAGGAAGGAUUCAUGAAUUAUUGUAAGCCUUAACUCAUCUCGUGUAAUGGGAGCCUGGCCGCCUGCCCUUUCUGAACACACUCACACACACCACAGUGUCCAAGCAUCCACACUCAUGAGCUCAGGACAAACUGCAGAGCCAGAUUCAUUGUUGUACAGUCAAGCACGGGUUUGAGGCUGAGUCUGCCAGCAGCCGCAGUAAAAAGCCAAUAAUAACUUUCACCUCUGUUUCUGUCCAAGCGUCAGCCCAUUUGUUUUCCGUGUAACACAAUAACCAGCGACAACUGACAGUGAAACACUCAACAUGCAGAGAAAAACAUCUACAACACAUGAAUGACAGAAGAAUUACCAUUGACGUAGUGAAGAACAUUGUCUUAUAUUUGUGAUAUUUAGCCAUGUAAUGUUCAUUGUUUUGUUUUAUUUGACCAGAAUUGGAGAUUAUAGACUCCACCUCAGUAUAGUACAAGAUUUGACUCCUGCUAAACCAUUACUGUUGUUUUUUUUUUUUUUAAGUACAGUACAUAUUGUUACAGAGAGAAAGUUGUGAUCACUGCCUGUGACUGCUCUUACAUUACAAAGGCUUUUUGGCUUGUUUUUCGUAUGAACAUAUAGAUUAUUGCAAAUUUAUGUAUAAAAUGUUACUGUUAUGAACUCUAAAACACGAAAACAUUUUGUAACGAGACAACAACAGUACAUGGCUAAGUAUCACUGAAUCAUGGGUCAUUUUUGUCAUUUGUGUAAACUGAUCCUUUAAACAAUGGAGAACUGCAUUAAAUCCUGAAACGUGUUACCUUAGAUAAGUUUUGUCUGAGUCGCCGAACAGUUUUGUCAAGUUUGUUGCUAAUAAACUACAUGUAUUUAAUGCAGUUAACAUAUUUAUGUGUAGGUCAAGUUGGCAGGUUGCAGAUCCAGUUUUCACUCCGCUCUGUGUGAGACUCUGUAGUAUUAUUAUCUCUUUCAGUGUGGCCUCGGGGGUCAUCAAAGGCCUUAAUAUCCUAUGUGUUACACAGAUGGGACAGAAAGCAGAAAACGCAGCAUGCAGCAUUAAAGCAACAACUGAAACUGUACAGUCCACAGCAACAAUCCCUUUAUAUAUUCAUCUGCUUGCAAUACCUCUGACCCACCUGUUGGUGGUUUUCUGUUUCCCAUGUGCUGCUGCUGGGAGUGUUCCCUGACUUUUUGCUCUUUUUGCUCACAAUACACUGAACAGAAUGGACACGGAGCCUGAUUCAUUCAGGACGGACUGUGAUUUCCACAUAGCUUUCUCUUACAGACACCUGUCCGUCAAUACUUUGACCAAAAUGACUGAAGAAUGGGGCCAAAAGUGCUUCAGCGUGAACGUUGAUGUUGGUAAAGGAACUGUGCUGAUGCUUUUGGUGGAGGAGAAGGUUACCAGUGCCCUGAAUUCGCAGCAGAUGACGCGAGCAACUGUGGUUUUGUUGUUUCUGUCUACUGAACUGUGUAUGUUCAUAUGAGGGGGGCGUGGAAGGAGAGGCGCCCUCACAUCAAUCAGUGUGCACAAAAUGAUCAUACAGCCCACAAAACCUUUUGGAUCAGGAUGUGUGGAGCUGUCGUUCACUCGUCAAUAAUCCUGUUAAUUAAUGUCCAGCUUCCACAAGGUAGAUACAUGCAUUUGUGAUCUGUUUCGACUCAGUGUGUAAUGAAUCAAAACGUCCACCAUGAAAGCCAAAACCUUUCUCUAACACUGUAGUGAAUCAACUGUGUAACCUCAUUGAUGUUGUUUUGCACUAGUUUACAGUGAAAAUAUGCUGUAGUUACCAUUUCAUGUUGCUACAUUUUAACAUCUGUGUAGUGCAUGACACUUUUGAUUUCUUUCAGGGUAUUCUGCAUGUGCAGGUAUUACACACAUCUGUACAUUGUGUCAGGACAUAAAAAGAAUGAAAGUAAAUGUGCCAAACAGUAGACUUUUGAGAGGAAAAGUAUUUAGUCUGUAUCAAACCAUGUAUUAUUAUGAUUAUUAUAAGAGGGGGGUGAGUAUUAUUAACUGCAUUGACUGGUUUUCAGUUUUCUGUAACUUUUCUAAUCUAAUGUCUCUGUCUACGAAAGAAAAGUGGCUUUAACAGUAAACAGAAGAUGUCUUUUAAUCCUUGAACUGACAGCAGAGCUUGAGCGUGUUGCUGUAAUCAUGUGACAUAUGCCUAAAUCAGUGAGUGCUGCAGUAAGUCUUGGACGUUGAGUUUCUGUUAUGCUGUGAGUGGCAGGGUUUUGGAUACAAACACAUCGGACCCCUCUGGCUGAGUUGAAUGUCCGUCCAUUUGGGUUCUUCGACUGUUCAGGAGCCAUGGAUGUGUUGUUGUACAUACUGUAAAGAUGUACAGUAUAUGUAGGACUUCUAUGGUUGAGAGUUAUUUAUUUACCUAAAGAUCAUGAUGUUACAAUGGAAAUUUCAGGUGAAAUAUAUUUGAAAUAUGUAGCAUUUUAUUCGUCAUGACGUGUAUGGACCAACAUAGGAGAUUGUUGUUGUUUUUUUUUGUUUUUUUUUACCAGUGCAAUAUUAUUAUUAUUCCAAUCACAGUAAAGGCAAAACCACUACCACAGCAGGGGCACAAUCUACCACUCACUGGCUACAGACAGUUCACAGUAUGAAAUCACACACACUCACACAGGUACACACACAUACACACACACACACACCGCCUGCAGUUGUGUUUCACACCUCGUGGAAACUGUUUGUAUUCAAGCUGCUGUUGACCUCUGCUGUCUCUUUACAACAGUCGACCGCUGAGCAUUUUAUAACACUUACUGUACCUAUUUUUCAAACUGGAAUAUUUUACAAGACCUUUGAAAUAUAACUCCAGACUGGUUUUUCAGUCAGUAGUGGGUGCAUGAAAAGGGAAUCCCAAUGAAGAAGCAGCUCUAUUUACCAAGCUGUUGCAUGUCAUCCAGUCUGAUUGGAACUACUUAACCUUCAUGCUUAACAAUAAUAAACCAGUUAUGUUGUCCACUAUGUCUGUACUGUUUAAUGGAGUAUAUAUCAGAACAUACGACCCAUUAUCUCUGACGUUAUUGCAGUGAUUGACACAUGUAGAUAGAAGUGAUACUGUACAAAAUCAAGGUUUGUUUUUAGCUCAAAAUACAGAGUCAAGUUCUGGAGAAUUUCAGUUACUGAAGUCUUAAAAUGAAAGGUUAUUAGUUUCUGAUCAGGCUUCCUCAUUAAAAUAAUUUCUAAGAUUUAAUGAAUGGUUUUACUGAUGAUUAAAUAAUAAUAAAAGCCAUUAAUAAAUCAGGUUAGAAAAAUGGCUACAAACAGUACAGACAAAAAUUCAUUCAUUAUUAUCAUCUUUUUCAUUAAAUAUGAGUAAAAUUUUAUUAUCAACUGAUUAAAAUGUAUGACAAAGCUUUAUGGGAUGGUUUCAAAAGUAUGAAACUAACAGGUAACACUAUUAAGAAGAAUCAGUACCACUAUCAGAAAUAAAGCCAGUCAUUAAAACUUAGAAAUUAGAUUUUUAAUAAUGAAUGUUAGAGUGUAUAAGUAAGUCUAUAUGGUGGCAAUAAUCCAUAUAUAUUUACAAUACAUGCAGUAUAACAGUUAAGUAUUUAUGUGCUACAGCACUACAUAUAAGCAGUAUAAAAACAAAUGCAAUUGGUUUAUAACACUAUUUCAUGUGGGUAAACAAGCUUUACAAAAUGUAUUUAUUUGCAUAUGCACAUUUAGCAUCCACAACUGGCUAAUAAAUAGUAAUCCUAAAUAAAUAUUUAAUCCACAGUCAUAUAUAUAUUGUUUUCAUGAUUUUUUUUGUACCUAUAAAUGAUUUUCACAGUUAUUAAAUCCAUCAUUUAUUAGUACUUUAGAAGGUGGGUUACUGUUGCUAACAUGAAUAAAUGUUUAAUAAAUGCCAUUAUCAUUAUAUUAUAGUGUUAUAAACUACUGAUGAAGUGCUGAUUUGCUGCUUAUCAUUAUUUAUCUUAAUCUUGUCAGGUAUACAGCUGGCCAUGACCUCUUUUUUCCAGUUUGUCUGAACUUAAGAGCCUUGAAAAACUAACAGCAGCAGUGUCAAGACUACUUUUCAGAGUAAUUCUUAGAACUGUGGUGUUUUUGUUUUCGACAUAGGAUGCAGUAAGUACUGAGGUCCACUAGUGUGACCUCUGCCUGGGCCCUGCUCCCUCUGCUGCUGUCAGUGAUAUGUGGAAUAAACACAACUGGGCGGUACCA